AUGGACUUACUCGUGUCGCUGGUUGCAGGCCAGAUUCUGCGAAUUGCCUACUACACCACCGGAAUCCUCUUGGUCUCAAUCAUCCUCAAUGUGAUCAACCAGCUCGUCUUUUACAGCAGGAAAGAACCCCCUGUGGUCUUUCACUGGGUUCCUUUUAUUGGAAGUACAGUUGCCUAUGGCAUGGACCCGUAUCAGUUCUUCUUUGCGUGCCGUGCAAAGUACGGGGAUGUCUUCACUUUCAUUUUGCUAGGAAAGAAGACAACUGUCCACCUAGGUGUCGAAGGCAACGAGUUUAUCCUAAAUGGAAAACUUAAGGAUGUCAACGCAGAAGAAAUCUACAGCAAGCUCACUACACCCAUCUUUGGGACCGGUGUUGUCUACGACUGUCCUAAUUCCAAACUCAUGGAACAAAAGAAGUUUAUAAAAUUCGGCCUAAGCCAAACAGCCCUGGAAUCCUACGUCCCCCUAAUCGCCGACGAAGUCACCUCCUACAUCAAAUCCUCGGGCAACUUCAAAGGCGAAUCCGGAACCAUCGAUCUAGCUGCAGCCAUGGCAGAGAUAACCAUUUUCACAGCAGCCCGCACCCUCCAAGGCGAAGAAGUCCGGUCAAAACUAACAUCCGAAUUCGCUGAACUCUUCCACGACCUCGACCUAGGCUUCCAACCAAUCAACUUCAUGUUGCCUUGGGCACCACUACCACACAACCGCAAGCGAGACAUAGCCCAUGCUCGCAUGCGAGCAAUUUACCUCGAAAUCAUCCAAGCAAGACGAGAAGCCGGCCCCAAAGCCGGCUCAAGCCCAAGCUCAAGCCCAGCCAGAGACACAACAAAAGGCACAGAUAUGAUCUCCAACCUAAUGGGCAGCAUCUACCGGGACGGCACACCGGUCCCGGACAAAGAAAUUGCCCACAUGAUGAUAACCCUCCUAAUGGCAGGCCAACACUCCUCAUCGGCAAUAAGCUGCUGGAUAAUACUCCGUCUAGCCUCAAACCCCUCGAUGACAGAAAAGCUCUACGAAGAACAACUGCAGAACCUAGGCUCAGACCUCCCACCAUUGGAAUACAAAGAUCUCGACAAGUUACCACUCCACCACAACGUCGUCAAGGAGACAUUACGCAUCCACUCUUCCAUCCAUUCACUCAUGCGCAAAGUGAAGAAUCCCCUUCCAGUCCCGGGGACGGACUUUAUCGUUCCGCCUUCGCAUACGCUUCUUUCUAGUCCGGGCGUUACGGCGCGGGAUGCACGCUACUUCCGGGAUCCGUUGCGGUGGGAUCCCCAUCGGUGGGAGGAGAGGGUUGAGGAGGAGGAUGAGUCUGAAACGGUUGAUUAUGGGUAUGGGGCUGUUUCUAAGGGGACACGGAGUCCGUAUUUGCCUUUCGGGGCGGGCAGGCAUCGGUGUAUUGGGGAGAAGUUUGCGUAUCUUAAUCUUGAGGUUAUUGUUGCUAUGAUGGUGAGGAGAUUUAGGUUUUAUAAUCCUGAGGGGGUGGAGGGUGUGCCGGAUACGGAUUACUCGUCUCUCUUUUCGCGGCCUAUGCAGCCUGCGAAUGUGCGUUGGGAAUGUCGGUCAUAG